CCCCAAUCGCAUCUAGUCCUAUCUAAUCACAAUUCUAUUCAAAUUUCAAAGCCCGCCAUCAUAGAUGACGCAUUGGGGGAAUCCACCUAGCCCUUUCCAUGAUCUGUUAUCGGCUGCUCACCGCCGCGCGCCGUGCGUUGUGCCAAGACCAUUGAUCCCCUGCCUGUGGCCGUUCAUACCCCAAGGGUGCUAGACCUAGGCGGGGAUGAAGUCUUACCCGGGAUUCACUUAUAAAGACUCCAAUCUGACUGAGGGGCUCCUAACAUUAUCCACAACCUUCAAGUCCCCAUGAGCAUCGAAUACACUGUCUUCAAAGGCUCCAAGCAUGGCAUCGUUGAAACCACAACGUCUCGCCCUGCACCAACAGGAAAAGAGGUCCUCCUUCGCAUCACGCACUCGGGCAUUUGCGGCACCGAUGAACAUUUCAAGAACGCCGAUAUGGGUCUAGGACACGAGGGAGUUGGUGUGGUUGAGGCGGUCGGGUCUGACGUGACACAGGUGCAUGUCGGUGAUGUCGUUGGUUGGGGCUACACACACAAGACGUGUGGGACCUGCGAGCAGUGCAUCCUUGGCCAAGACCAGUACUGUCAGCAGCGAGAGCUCUACGGCAAGCACAAUCUUCAUCAAGGCUCGUUCGGCUCCCAUGCCAUCUGGGACGAGUCCUUCCUAUUCCGCAUUCCAGCAAAUAUGGCCCCAGAAAACGCUGCACCUCUCAUGUGCGGUGGCGCGACUGUGUUUGAGGUGAUCGACACAUACAACAUCCGACCCACCCACCGCGUCGGCGUCGUCGGCAUUGGUGGUCUUGGGCACCUCGCGAUCCUCUUCCUCGCCAAAAUGGGCGCCGAAGUCGUCGUCUUCUCAAGCUCAGACUCCAAGAAGGAAGAGGCCAUGCAACUCGGCGCAUCAGAAUUCCACGCGACUAAGGAUGUGACCAAGUUUGAGAACGUGCGCUUGCUAGACCACCUCAUUUUCACGACCAGCUUCGUGCCAGAUUGGGCUCCGUACCUUGCCGUCAUGAAGCCGAAGGGGACGGUCUUCCCACUGACCGUCAGCUCCGGCAACCUCUCGUUCCCUGUCACCCCCUUCAUUGAGAAUGGGAUCACCGUGCAGGGGUCUGCCGUCGCCGCUCGCUCCGUGCAUGCUCGGAUGCUCGACUUCGCUGCGCGUAACAACAUCAAGCCCAUGACUGAGAAGUUCCCCUUGACGAAACAGGGCGUCGAGGAAGGGAUGGCACGAUUGAGAGAUGGGAAGGUCAGAUACCGAGCAGUACUUGUAGCAUGAUCUGAAAUCACUGUUUUCCGUUUUUGUAAUGAACUGUAUUUCCACGCCGCUCAUGCUUUCGAUUGGUGAGACAUCACGCAACGGUCACGAGACCGUGUUGCGGCGACGCAUGACGAUUGAUGUGAUUCUCAGACCUAAUAACUCCAGACAUGCAAACACCUGUUGAUCAGACAAAUCUAGCAGUCAGCUCAGAGUCAUAAUCAGUCAAUUUCUAUGAUGCAAGCGGUCAACACCUGAAUUUGGGCUUGCUCUGACGCUCGAGUCUGAAGUGCAUCGGGAGCAUGUAGACUACAGACCGAACACAUCCUUGACAGUCUUCCACUGGUGACCUGGCCACAGCGCGUUUCCAAUCUUGGACGCCUCUUCGUCAGACACACCUUUGA